CGUGGACUCGCAUUUAGCUACCUUACCUCUAUACCUGCUCCUUCCCCCUCCUGCGAGCGAAUUCGAUAACAGAACUUCCUGUUGACCACCAUUUCUCAACACGGCCACACUAGCGCCACCCCCCCCUUGUCCAGCUUGCCGGACCCGAUUCCCACACUUUUAACCCCUGAGCCUCGCGAGUAAUUAAUCAGGCUAUCGCCUAGACCGCCUACAUCAUGUCUCAAUCCAGAGCGACCGUGAACGAGGAGUGCAUAGCGACGUACAACGAGCUCAAGCUCAACAAGAAGUACAAGUACAUCAUCUUCAAGCUGUCAGACGAUAACACGCAGAUCGUCGUCGAAAGCACCAGCGAGGACGGCCCUGAGUACGACGACUUCCGCAACAAGCUCAUCUCAGCUCAGUCCAAGAGCAAGACCGGCGCCUUGGGCAAGGGCCCCCGCUAUGCCGUUUACGAUGUCCAGUACGACCUCAAAUCUGGCGAGGGCACUCGGAACAAGAUCACCUUCAUCGCUUGGUCGCCGGAUGAGGCUGGCGUCUUGGCCAAGAUGGUCUAUGCCUCCUCCAAGGAGGCUCUGAAGCGCGCUCUGCCUGGUAUCGCGUUCGAGGUCCAGGCCAACGACGAGGACGACAUUGAGUGGCAGACGCUGGUGACGGCAGUCAGCAAGGGCACGGCCGCGAUUUGAGGUGAAGAGGAGCUACUCUCUCUGUGCGUCCGUCCUGGUGCCUCUUCCUCUCUCUAGUUGGCUUGGUUUGGGCGAGCGUUGUCCCGGGAUUGUGGCGCACCUCUUGACGUUUUGGGCAGUCUGUGGGUUUUUGUGUGCGUGUAUGUGCGUGGGUGGCAUGUGUUGCUUGCGCGCGACGGACCGGGAGACCAAAGACAUGCCAUGUUUGCAGGCUCAUCAGGGAAAAAAAAACAAAGUUGAUAUUUGCAACGACAACACACAAAGACAUGCCGGCUGGCCUACCAGUCUGCCCUGGCAGACACCUUCGCGGCAGUGUCUGCCUACUGUCUCGUGCCAUUACUUGCCAUUUCUCGAGGGUGGGAGAGAUGUGGGCAGAAGCAGAAGUUUCGCGAAAAAAGGCGUUCAUCACAGGGCAUCUUUUUUUUCUCCUACCUCCCCUAACCAUUAAACCCCCUCCCCCCCCGGGAUCUCCGUCCUUCCGCUUUGAGCCAUACCCAUACCCAUACCCAUUCCCUUCCCAAACCAUGCACUUUUGAGUCCAAUCCCUCUGUUUGUUACCUUCCCUCCCAAGCCUUCUUGAAUAACUCCACCGCCUCCCCAGCCACCUCGUCGUCUCUCACCCUGUGCUGUAGAUACCCCUUCAGAUCGGCCCAGAACUGGUCCGUCUCGAGCACGGCCUUCCCGCUCGAGCCUUGCGCUACCGAGGCCGUCGCCGCCGCGUCCACCAUGUCCACGUCCUUGUCCUGCUUGUCGGCUUCCGUCACCUUGUCGUCUUUCUUCUCCUCUUCGGAGGCUAAUGCAGCCGGCUUCUCCUUCAGCUUGAAGAACCCGGCCCCGCCCGCGAGGAUCAUCACCCCGAGCUCCAGCGCCCCACCACCACCCUCCUGGCUCUCCGCGCCUUCCUUUGCCGGGGUCAUCACGAGGUCCCGCAGCAGCUUGGUGUCCGCGACCGGCUUCUUGUUGUACAGCAGCUUGAUCUUGUCCAGCGGGAUCGACGUCUCGUCCGCCAGCCGCUCCUUGAGCUCCGCCAGGGAGGUGGCCGGCGGCGUCGCGGGCAGCGAGAUCUCGAAGGGCGGGUUGCGCGGCGAGCGGAGGGUCACGUCGACGGUGCUGCUGCUGCUGCUGGUGGUGGUGGUGGUGCUCGCUCCUGAC